AUGAUUCAAACCGACUCCCACAUCAGCAAAUACUUUGCACCCGCGAAUUCCACCCCAUAUCCCGAUAUUGAAACAUUUCUAUCCUCCACCUCAAUCACAGCAUUCCAAAAACGCGUUUAUACCCGUCUCCUCUGCAUCCCCUCCGGCACAGUAACUUCCUACGCCAUCCUUGCAGGCCAGCUAAACACGUCUCCCCGCGCCAUCGGAGGAGCAUUACGAAACAACCCUUUUGCACCACGCGUACCUUGUCAUCGCGGUAUUGCUGCCAAUGGAUUUGUUGGCGGCUUUAUGGGCGAUUGGAGCAAAGCGCCUAGUGGAGUUAUUCAAAGCAAANAACUUGAGUUGUUGAAGGAGGAAGGUGUGGAGUUCAGCGAUGAGGGGCAUUUGGUGGUUAGGGAUGGGGUGUGGUUUGAAGGACCUCGGGCCAUGCAAAUGUUCAGGACAUCUGCAUUUCGCUGGCAGGCUCUGGUAGCUCACGAACCUACAGCUGAUGGUGCCUUUGUUUAUUGCGUUCGCACCACAGGCAUCUACUGUCGACCCAUCUGCAAAGCGCGACUUGCCCGCAGAGCCAAUGUUGAGUUCUACGCCACGCCAUUCGAGGCCGAGGGCGCCGGUUAUACAUCCUGCAAGCGCUGUAGACCCGAGCUGCCCAUGCACUCUCCGGAAAGCGACAAGAUCGAUGCAAUCUGCCAACAUCUCCAGGACUUGGAACCUGAGCAGCCGUUACCUACACUGGAAGAUAUGGCUACGCUUGCUGGCUUGACAAAGUCCCGUUUCCAUCGAAGCUUCAAGCGCGUGGUGGGUCUUACGCCCAAGGUAUCCCUAUCGAUCGUCGCGCAGCAAAGGAACGAUGCGUCCACGGACUUGGCGCAUAUGGCGUCUUCAACCAUCAGACCAAUCACGUUUGCCAUCAUUGGAGUCGGAGGAAUCGGACCUCGCCAUGCUCAAAGCGUUGUCAAGUCGAGUAAUGCAGCACUGGUGGCCAUCUGUGAUCCCUUCCCCAAUGGAGCAACACUAGCUACAGAGCUAGGUGUUCACCACUUCAAAACAAUCUCGGAAAUGCUUAAGUCUGCUCAUAAGCCCGAAGCAGCCAUAAUCUGCACGCCAAACCAUACCCACGUUCCCAUUGCCAAAGAACUUUCGAGUGCAGGUGUGCAUGUACUUAUCGAAAAGCCAUUCAGCUCUGAUAUGCAAAGCGGCAAAGAACUUUUGGCACACCUCGAAGCUUCAGGGGUAAAGUCUUUGGUUGGCCAUCAUCGCCGGUUUAACCCUUACAUGGUUGCUGCCAAAGACAUCAUCGCUUCAGGGACUCUAGGCGACAUUAUCGCUAUCAAUGGUUUAUGGACCACAUUCAAGCCACAAGAAUACUUUGACGCUCCUGCCGAGUGGCGGCGUGGUGAGACCGGUGGUGUGGUGUUGAUCAAUCUAGUCCACGAGAUUGACCUACUGCAUUAUAUGUUUGGCCCCAUCGCGCGCGUGCAUGCCGAAAAAACAACUUCGAGACGUGGGUUUGCGGCCGAGGAGGGCGCAGCAUUGACUCUACGAUUCACGUCAGGCGUCGUUGGCACAUUUAUUUUAUCCGAUCACUCUCCAUCGCCCUACAACUUCGAAGCCGGCACGGGCGAGAAUCCUCUGAUACCGCAGUCUGGAAUGGACUUCUACCGCGUGUUUGGCUCAGAAGCUUCUCUCAGUGUGCCUGACAUGGCAAUAUGGUCAUAUCGAGGUACUACAAAAUCGUGGCAUUCGGAGAUGACCAAGAAUUCUGUUGCCGUGGCCGAUGGUAUCCCGUUUGAACUUCAAUUGCAACAUUUUGUCAAUGUCAUUGGUGGUGUGGAAACGCCUAGGUGCUCGGCUCAGGCGGGAUUGGCGACUCUGAUCGUUUGCAGUGCGAUCAAAAAAGCGUUGGAGAACAAUUCGACGGUGGAUAUAGAAACAUAUGGCCUGUAA